UCAAAUCCGUAUAUAAUUGAUCAAGUUAAGAUCAUAUCUAAGUUACUUCCCGAAGGGAAAGUUGGCGUAGUCCUUGAACUGCAGCAUACUCUAGUGGAUCUCUCCAAACGAGUUGAUACUGUGAAAGAAGAAAAUUCUAACCUCCGUACAGCCAAUCAAAUCUUAGGCCAAUAUAUAGAGAAACUGAUGGCAACUUCAUCGAUCUUUCAAUCCUCAUCUCCUCCCCAGGUUUCGCACCAAUCGCAUGUCCCAAUGUCUUCUUCCACCCAUAUGGACGGAUCAGACUCCGCUGUUGAAGGUUUCCAGUAUGAGGAGAACUCCGAACUAGCCAGUGAAGAUGAUAUCGCCUAA